AGACUACGCCAGAGCGGGGCGGAACUGCGCGUGCGCAUGGCCAAGGCGCGCCCCCGGCGACCGUUAAACAUGGCGACUGUCACCGAGCUAAAGGCUGUUUUAAAGGACACCUUGGAAAAGAAGGGGGUACUAGGGCAUUUAAAAGCAAGGAUCCGAGCCGAAGUAUUCAAUGCCCUGGACGAUGAUCGUGAACCUCGACCAUCACUGUCACAUGAAAACCUUUUAAUCAAUGAAUUAAUUCGGGAGUAUUUGGAAUUCAAUAAAUAUAAAUACACAGCAUCUGUCCUCAUAACAGAGUCUGGUCAACCUGUAGUUCCACUGGACAGACAAUUUCUCAUCCGUGAACUAAAUGCCUUCGAAGAAUCAAAAGAUAACACAAUACCUCUUUUAUAUGGAAUUUUAGCUCACUUCUUGCAUGGCACCAAGGAUGGCAUCCAAAACGCAUUCCUGAAAGAAUCUUCACUUCAGCCUCUAAACCCAAAUCUUGGCAGGCAGCCUAACGGGAGAAAGCAAGCGGAUUAUGGAAAAUGCUUCCAGGUUCUCUUUUCAGGAAUUGAUGGCCCCCUGGGCAAGGAGAGGGGGACAAGCACCAGUGUCGAAGAGCCUCGCGUCUCCCAACAGUGAAGAGAUGACACAUCUGUUAGGGGCUUCUUUUAUCUCAGCAUUAUGUGUACUGAAUAACUUAUUUAUUAUCUCAGUGUUACCAAAAUGCACUUAUUUGUAUUUUAUAGAAAUUUGAGUUUCUGCCAACAUUUAGACUCCCAUGUUUUGCUGCAUCUGUGAAUAAAAGCUAACUGUCAUCUGCCUUAUGGAAUGUGACUGGAAAGAAAAUACUCUGUUUUUAAGAAAUAUUUAAAAAGGUCUUUAAGUUUAUGAAAAAAUAAGAAUUUUUCAGUAAUUUGUAUAUUCUAAAAGAUUUUUAUCCAUGUGUUCUGCUCUUUGACAUAGCACAUUAAUUUUCUUCAACUGGAAUUAUGUGAAUUUGUAGGAAAAUUUGUUCAUGUUUUCAAAAGGUAGUUGGGGCCAGGGAUUUAGCUCAGUAGUUC